AAAGCCCUAUUGGAUGCAUGGUAAUUCUGCAACGUUGUUGACGUGUUUGUAAUCGCUCUGCGGAAAAUUAAAAAAAAACAGCCGAAUUGUUGGGAUUUUAACCAGCGUUAGAGACAGUGACUUAAAUAGCGAAGUGCUAAUAAAUUGUGCUAUUUGCAAGCACAAAAAUUUGUUUCAUUUUGCUUAAACAAACAAAUAAAUAUAGCUAGAGACAUAAAAGUGCAGUGAGGUGACAAAAACAAUAAGGCGCGAAAAUGGAUAAAUGCCAUAAGUGCAAGAAUCCAAUUCGCGGUGACAGCGGAAUCCACUGCGACGGUGUGCGUGGUAAAGUGUGGCACUGGGCAAAAAAAUGCUCUGAAUCGGAUGAGUACAGUGCGAAUGUACUCAAAGAAAACAACUUUGUGCGCUUUAUGUGUAACCAAUGUCACACAUACAUGCAUAACAUCGAUGAGGUGCUCCGAAAUAUGAACUUAACAAUAGAGAAAAAUAGUCAAAAGAUCCAAGAGUGUAAUGAUGACUUCCAGGAGUCGCAAAAAAUGCAAGUGAAAGAGCUUAAACUUCUCUUGCAAUCAAUAGAGAAACAAUUUGGGGAACGUAUUGAUGCAAUGCAAAGAGUAGAAAUAACCUGUGAGGCGAGUAUUAUCGAAGUGAACCAAAUUAAGUCAAUAGCUGACGGCGUAAAAAAGCAAAGCCAUGAUCUUUGCGAAGCCAUAGUGCGCAAUGAAAAUGAGAACAAAAAAAUUUGUGAAGAGAUAAAGAAAUCGGUGACUGCUGACGCGUUAGCAGGUCAGCGGGCGAAAGCCACUUACGCGGAUCUCUUUAAAGGUAACACUGCGAAAGAUAAUAGGCUGCGGAAAGUAAAUAAAGAGAAGCCAUUAGCUCUACAACCAAAAGAGAAGCAGGAAGUGGGAAAAACAAAAGAAGAUUUGAACAAAAAUGUUGACCCCUCGGGCUUGAAAAUUAAUAGUGUACAGGGGAGGAAAAGUGGGGCUGUAGUAAUACAAACAGAAAAUGAGGCUGAGCGUGAAAAAAUCAAAAAGGCAAUAGAGAAUAAAAUGAGUGAUAGAUAUGAAAUAAAAAUCCCAAACGUAGCCAAGCCAAGGUUCAUGGUAUAUAGAAUGAGCUUUAAACAUGAGAAUGAGCAGCUCAGGGAUAUGAUAAAAAAACAGAAUGAAUGCUUCAAAAAUGGUAAUUUCAAAAUUUUGAAAUGUUUUGAAACAAAAAGGGGCAAUGCAAAACAUUAUAAUGCGUUAAUAGAAACAGAUGUAGAUGCCUUUGCAGCCGUGCUGGCAAGCGAAAAAAUAAACAUAGGUUGGGAAAAAUGUAGAGUCAAAGAUGGAAUGGAUGUUACUUUCUGUUUCAAAUGCAAGGGAUAUAACCAAAUAGCUGCGAAAUGUAAAGCCGAUGAGCAAGUUUGUGGGGACCCUGGCGUUGAGUUUACGUCUCACCCAGGUGUAAAGAAAGCGCUACCCAAAUAUUUGCAAUGCGUAUAUCUCAAUAUACAGAGUUUAGUGGCUAAUAAAGUUGAGCUAGAAAUACUUAUAGAUUUUACCGACCCGGAUCUACUUUUGUGUUCCGAAACAUGCCUAACUGAUGGCAUAGAGGAUACGGAAAUAAUGUUCCCGGCGUAUCAGAUGAUACGCUGCGACUCACACA